AUGGCCUCUCGCGCCGUCGAAGCAUCCCGCGCCGUGCUCUCCUCUGUCGAUCUUUCGAACUAUGACCCGGAGCAGUCGAGGUUGAUGGACGAGCGAUGCAUCCUGGUCGAUGAGCAGGAUCGCGCUCUUGGGGCAGCGGACAAGAAGACCUGUCAUUUGAUGGAAAACAUCAACAAGGGCCUCUUGCACCGCGCCUUCUCCGCGUUUGUCUUCAGACCUGAGGAUGGCAAGCUUCUGCUGCAGCAGCGGGCGACCGAGAAGAUCACCUUCCCGGAUAUGUGGACCAAUACGUGCUGCUCGCACCCUCUCGACGACUUCGACGAGGAGAAGGUGGAGAAAGACCAGCUCGGCGUGAGGGUCGCAGCUUCGCGCAAGCUUGAGCACGAGCUGGGCAUCCCCCGGGCGCAGACCCCCGUCGACCAGUUCCAAUACCUCACCCGGAUACACUAUUUGGCGCCGUCGAGUGGUAUUUGGGGAGAGCAUGAGGUCGAUUACAUUCUCUUCAUCACUGCCAACGUUACCGUAGAGCCGAAUCUCAAUGAGAUUCGCGACCACAAGUAUGUAGACAAGGCGGAGCUACAGGCGAUGUUUGAGGACCCAGCGAACUCGUUCACGCCGUGGUUCAAGCUCAUUGCCCGCGACUUCCUCUUUGGCUGGUGGGACGAGCUGCUCGCGCGCCGGGAGAGCGACGGCGUUCUCAAUGCGAAGAGCUUGAAUGGCAUCGUGGACGGCAGCAAGGUUGUGAGCAUGGUCUGA